AUGAAGAACAAAGUCAUCCCAAACCCUAUACUUCCAGCGGCGGGAGUCCGCAGGAGCAACGCGGCGGGAGUCCGCAGGAGCAACGCAGCGGACGGCGGUUCUGGUCCUCCUUCUGGAGGACACCAUGACGACAGGACCUCAAACCCUGGGAAACCAGGGAGGGUCCUGUCCGAUCACAGCACCCCGUCAAAUGCAUUCAUGCGCUGUCGGAGACCAUUUGUAAUGGGAACCUUCAACGCAUGUACAGUGAGAGAAGAAGCUAGAUUGGUGGAGCUAGCACACUGUGCUGAGGAGCGGGGAGUGGAGAUCCUGGGAGUCCAGGAACACAGAAGAGUGCACACUGAUGACCAGAUCGUUUACCACAAAGUAGAGGGAUGCACGUUCAUCAUCUUGUCUGCGUGGCGAAACGAGGCCCAGGCCGAAACAGGGGGCGUGGGGCUAAUGCUGGGCUCUCGGGCGCGUAAGGCUCUCCGUCGGGUUUACCAGCACAUAGACAGGAUCCUAAUCGCAGAGUUCUCAGAUAACCCAGUAACAACAGUCAUAGUCGUGUACUCACCCACCAACGUGGCCCCAACUGAGGAGGCGGAGAAGUUCUUCAAGGACCUGGCAACAGCCGUACGAGGUGUUCCAGCACACAACUUCCUGGCAAUCCUGGGGGACUUCAACGCAAGUCUCGGACCAGAGGACACACCCUUCCCAUACCACGACUCUACCAACCGCAAUGGUGCAAACCUCACCGCCCUUCUCACGGAGCACGAACUACUGGCAGCGAACACCUUGUUCCAGAAAAGACAAGGCAAGAGAUGGACCUUCCAGGAUCGAGCCACAUGUAUGGUACGCCAACUGGACUAUAUACUUGUGAGGAGAAAGUGGAGGAACUCCAUCCUUAAUGCCGAACCAUACAGUUCGUUCAGCUCGGUGGGUUCGGACCACCGUGUGGUGUGUGUAGGAGCCAUGUAUAUGUUUUGUUCAUACUUCGUAUUGGUUUGGUUUCACAUAUUGGAAGCAAUGGGUAUUGGACAUUUAAUUUGUAUUGAUUAUUUCUAGUUGGAACAGUGUGUGGUCACGUGAGUGUGUAUGCCCCCCUAUAGGUCAAUGGGAGCAUAAAGGUGUGCCAAACCAGGAGAAGGAGUGUCCGGUGCUUGCGCAUACCAUCAUUGACGACAACGAAACCAGAAACACAAAC